AUGCCUGUGACAUACGCAGUCCUCUCUGGUCGCUAUCGGCCUCUCAGCAGGCACAUCAAAUGGCAUCAGCCGGUCCCCAAGUCGUUGCUGCAUAUGAGUUGUCGUUGCUGCAGUCCCUUGAGAUUGCCUCAGUUUCGGGUCGAUGUGCAGCAUGGUCCACCGCGGCGGUUUCGUCCACGUAUCACCCACAUCAUGCCAAUGGAGAGCACUUGCCGCCGCAGGCUUCAUACCCAAACAAUUCUAGUGGCACCGUUGAUGUUCACUGGCUUGUUGAUUGGGCUGUGGAUUUGGAAAUGUAUCAUGAUGGUGGUCUUCCAGAACAAGAUCAUCUACAUGCCAGGACUGCCCCCGACUGCAAGGAGCGAGCGCAUUGCUGACUGGUUAAGCCGCUGUGGGGGACUUCAGUGGAGGGAGGAGAGGACCAAGGCUGCUGACGGAACAGAUCUCGCAAUGGCGGUUGCGACGGUGCCGCUGCCGAAGGGGAAUAGGCAGGUAGCCGCGGACGUCGGGAAGUCUGCUGUGGCACAUGUGUAUGUGCUCUACUUUCAGGGGAACGCCUCGUCCAUCCCCCCUCGCUUGCCAGACCUGUCGUGGGUGUUGCGGGCUGUCAGUGACAGCAAACAAUAUGCUCUGGCACCAAUGGAGUUGACUUUUGUCUGCCUGAGUUACAGAGGAUAUUGGACGUCCCGUGGCCGUGCAUCUGAGCCUGGCAUCCGCCUCGAUGCCGAAGCCGGAGCAAACUGGAUUUUGCAACACCAUGAGCGAACAUUUGGCAAAGACAGCACCACGAAGCCGAUUUUCCUGAUUUGGGGACAGUCGAUUGGCUCGGGAGUAGCAACAAACCUGGCCGCAACCGGACGCAUCCCGGAAAAGCUACCUAUCCAGGGCGUAAUUCUUGAGACCCCCUUUCUAUCGAUACGAUCGAUGCUAGGGACGCUGUAUCCCCAAAAAUGGUUGCCAUACAAAUACCUGUGGCCUUUUCUCAGAAACCAUCUGGACAGCUAUGCUAACCUGAAGCUGAUUGCUCAAAAGGCCGAAGAGAAAAGUUGCGACGCACCCUUCAUAUACAUCCUCCAGGCUGAGCGGGAUGAGCUUGUGCCGAGAGAGCAAACCGAAAAGCUGCAUCAAAGAUGCAUUGAACUCGGCCUCCCCGUUGAAAAGGGGGUUGCCUCGGUUGCGUUCCAUCAAGAAGCGAUUGCUCGAGGCCCUGGGAAAAAGCUUGCUUCAGAAGCAAUCUUGAAAUUGACAAAGCGGGCCUUGGAUGCUUCUCGGUGA